GAUAGGCCCCCACAUGUUGGGAAAGCUCCAUAUGUUCGGGGAGAGGGGCUUGUUUCCGAAAAAAGAACUCGCUAUAACCGGGACGAUGGGCUCCCUUGGCAUUGCCUACUUCAUCUUCCUCGUUGCAGUCAAGAUGGACAUCACCAUGCUCCGGAGGACCGCAAAGGCAGCCAUGAUCAUCGGAAGCCUCAGCGUACUGGUGCCCUAUGUCACCAUAGUGGCUGUCACAUACCUCCGGCCUAUAUCGGGGAUCCGACCCGGCUUCUUCCGGUUCCUUUUUGCGUCAGGCUUGUCGGUCACACGGUUCGCCAACGUGGCUGACGCAUUUGAUGAGCUAGACAUGCUGACUUCGCAGCAGGGCCAACUCGUGCUCUCGUCCACGAUGUUGAAUGAGAUCUUCACAUGGAUGUCCCUCGUCACUGGGGUUUGCUAUCGGCAUCGCCACAACCACCUAAUCCCUGUGUGGCUUCUCAUCACCGUGGUAGCCGUUGGGGCCACCGCUGUCGCAAUGAGGGCUUUGGCGAAGAAGAUUAUUGCCAGGUUCACCCGUAAGGGAAUGCAAGUGAAUGAGAUAUUAGUAACCACAAUCUUGGUUGCAGCACUCCUGAUGGCCUUUGUGACUGACUUGAUUGGGUCACUCCACUUGGGAAUCCUAAUCAUGGGCCUGGUCAUGCCCGAUGGACCGCCUCUUGGCUCGGCGAUAGUUGAGCGGGCUGAGUACAUGGUGAAGGAGUUCAUGAUGCCCGUGUUCUACGUUCUAGUAGGGUACAGCACCGACAUCUUCUCGGUCAACUCGAAGGGUUUCUGGGAGAUCAUUGUUUUCGUCAUUCUGGGCUUCAUCGCAAAGUUCUUAGCUACUCUGUUCGGCGCCUUGGCAUGCCAGCAAAAACUUCGAAAUGCUGUGCUGCUUGGCCUUAUGGUGAACGUCAAGGGCCCAAUCGACCUCUAUCUCUUGACGCGUUGGAGAUUUCAAAAGGAUGUGGAGAAGGAUACUCAUGCGAUAUUGGUGAUGUCGCAUGUUAUGUUAACCGCAUUAAUGACACCUUUGAUAGAGAAACUUUAUAAGAGGAGCCAGAAACUGAAUGCGUCUGACAGAAAGAACAUGAAGGCAAUCCAGACAAGUUCGAGCUAUGACGAAUUCAAGGUCCUGUGUUGCAUACACGGUGAAGACAAUAUUCCUGGUAUGAUCUCCCUCCUUGAGGCCUCAAGCGGGUCACGGUUGCUGUCUGCGGUUAUUGUCCACCUCAAUGACCUUGUGGGUCGAGCAGCGCCUCUCGUGGUCCGCAAUGACAGGAAAUUUAGAAGAGUUGAAACAAACAAGUCCGACAGGAUCGCUCAUGAGUUUGAGAGCCACAUUAGGAACUCCACAAACCCGACCAAGAUAACGAAUUUCACCAUGGUUGCGCCGUACAAGACUAUGCACGAAAACAUCUGCCAUCUUGCUCAAAAAGAGGACGCUACUCUUAUUAUCAUGCCAUAUAAGAAAGUCCAAGGCGAUGCCGGUGCCUCUGAGGCUGUUGUUUCACAGGCCAUGGCCAUGCGCAACCUCAACUGUCACAUGCUCGGGUGCAAUCCAUGUGCAAUCGGGAUUUUUGUCAACAAGGGCUUAGGCUGGUGCCUGGGCCAUUAUUCCUUUUCCUGCAGCGUCGCCGUGAUCUUCUCUGGUGGGCACGACGACCGCGAGGCCCUUGCCUAUGCGAACCGAAUGUUGAUGCACCUGUCAGUGCGUGUGACAUUGCUUAAGCUAAUUGUUAGGUGCCCGAGUGGCCACGUUGAGGAUAUGUUAGAGAAAAAGCUCGACGAUGCGUUGGUGGAGGAGUUCAGGAUCAAGAUCAGGGAGGACAGCCAGGCCCAGUACUACGAAAAGGCAGCUGAGAACCUCAUUGGCACGUUAAACGCAAUCCGCGCUUUGGGGAACCACUACAAUCUUGUUAUAACAGGGCGUCAAAGCUCAUUACUUAUGUCGAUGUUCGAAGAAUCAUUGGAUACACAGAAGAGCUGGGGGGAGAAUCCCGAGCUAGGAAUUGUUGGAGACUUUAUCGCCUCAGACGAUUAUAACGGGGGAAAGAGUUCCGCACUAAUAAUGCAACGCUAUCCGAGCAGUGUCGACCUAUGGAGAGGCCAAAGUAGAAGUUCUGCACACUAUGAAGAGGACUACUUGCUUGGCAGACUACCUUAAUUUCUUUUAAAUUAUAAGGGAGGGCGGUCGGUAGGCAGAGUAGGACACCGAAUGAUUUAUUUGCUUUUUCUUCCCCUGUAAUGUAACCACAUACUUUGGUUUAUUAAUUAUUACAG